CCUGUGUGUUUUUAAAUGGGAGGGAACACACUGCGACACCAAAACAACAGCGUGACUGCGAGUCCUGCCACAACUCAGGUGAAUAUCAGAGGAUACAGAGAGGAGACAACAGUCACCUCAGCUAGAAGAAAUAACAAAGAGCUUCAUCGGGAUUGCAAGUUUGGACAGAAAGUUCGUCUUCACACAGAAAUAUCUCCAAAAAAGAGAAGCAAAACCAUGAAGAUGACCCUGUUAGUCAUCCUCGCCGUCCUUGCAGCAUUCAGUGUUGAUGCGGUUUUUUCAGGAAGAUGGCCUAAAAAGUUUGUGCUACCUAAACCCCGGGGCUCUAACUCAAGGGAGAUGUGUCAGAUUGGGGAUGGGAGCAAUUACAGGGGAUUUGUUUCCAAGUCUGCAAACGGCGGCAGAUGUCGCUUCUGGAACAACUUUAAAAUCCGAUUUGGCGCUUCAAAGGGACUCGGCGACCAUAAUUACUGCCGGAAUCCUGACCAGAGCUUGAUGCCGUGGUGCUAUGUCCGAAAAGGAGGGAAGGAUGUGAAGGAAUUCUGUGAUAUUACCAGAUGUUCCACACCGACAGUAAACCCUCCACCUGCUGUGGAUACAGAGCUGACAUGUGGUGUUACGCUUGAGCAGAGGAUGAAUAAGAUUGUGGGUGGUUCAUUCACACCCAUAGAGUCGAACCCAUGGGUCGCUGCUAUUUUUCGUCAAAGCCGACAAAGCCAUUUCCUCUGUGGUGGCUCUCUCAUCGCGCCUUGCUGGGUUGCCACGGCUGCACACUGCUUCUCUGAUGGUGUUGAGACUGGCAUCCGUCAUCUGUCGGUGUACCUGGGGAAGACUGCCAUCAAUGACACAGAUGCUGACAAGGAACAGAGAUUCACUGUGGAAAAACUGAUCAUCCACAAAAAAUACAAUGAGUCCAACUUCGACAAUGACAUAGCACUGUUGAAGAUCAAAAGCGGAAAUGGAGGAUGUGCUGUGAGGUCAGCUUCUGUACGGACAGUAUGUCUUCCUCCACUUCGCACUCAGCUUCCUGCAGGAUUUGAGUGCAGCAUCGCAGGAUUUGGAUUGGAGAAAUCCAUGGCGUGGCAUAACUCACAGUACCUGAAAGAGGCCAAGGUGAAACUGAUCUCCCAGGCAGACUGUAAAAGGGAAUCAUACUAUGGAGAUCUCAUCACUCCGAACAUGUUCUGUGCUGGGAGCCCUGACUGGAGUACUGAUGCCUGCAAGAAUGACUCUGGCGGUCCGUUGGUGUGUAAAAUGUCAGAUCGGAUGUUUUUGUUCGGGGUGGUGAGCUGGGGUGAUGGCUGUGCCAAGAAGAACAAACCAGGGGUUUACACGCAGGUCACAAAAUACAACAAGUGGAUCGCAGCAAAAACAGGGCUCUCUAAAUACACAGAAGGAAUAAUGUAUCCUCAAAAAUGAAGCUGUGGCAGAAAGUUACCUGUUGGGCAUUGCAUAAAGGAAAAUUUGGCAGCAGUUUUGGAGGCUCUGUGUGUAUGCAAGCAUGUUGCUGGUUUUGUUCAGAUUAGCUGAUAAGCUGUGAAAAUAGUUUUGCACAGUUAAGAUUUACUGUAACUGUUCAAAAUGAAUAUUUAUUUAAAUAUAUUUUAUUGCAUAUAAUACUUUUUUAUUACCUUUGCAUGAACUUUUCAUUAAGAGAAUGUUUUUUUAAAACAAGAGAAGGUAUGCUAUUAGAAAGUUUAUUUAUCUAAUUUGAUUUAAUAAGCAUUUCCUAUUAUAGAAGGCUGGCCCUGCUGUUAAGCAUUUUUUUUAUAAUAAAUAAAAUAUUUGUAUCACA